AUGGAGCCCAGCAGACAAACCUCUUCGGGUUGGCAGGUGGGCGAGGGCGAAGGCGCGCUGGACCCGACCGCACCGGCACGCCCGCCUUUAUUGUUUGUCGUUUCUUUGUUGGCCUUCGUUUCCCCCCUUUUCGCAUCGUCGUUGCCUACCUUUGAUUUCGUCUUGACCUUUCCUCACCCUUUCGACUUUGGACCUUUGGUGUGGGACUCUGAUCUCUAUUCGACGGCUUCCCCCCAUCGUCACCGUCGGACGCUUCUGUCUCUGUCUUUCUCUCUCUCGCUCUCCCCCUCCCUCCCCCAUUCACACCCACGCUCACUCCCUCUCCGAGCUCACACCUCGCUGUCGUUUAUUGUUUCUAUUACUUCUCGCUUUGCUCGCGACCUAGCCACUAUUCUCUCGUUCAUGUUGUCUUGA